AUGGGUAAUGAGGCCAGCAUGGAGGGCGGUGAAGGGGACACUGUAGUGGGGAUGUCGGUUUCAGCACCGCCGGGCUCUGGACAGCUCAUGAAGCCCGUGAAUGGCGCAGCGGCCGGGGCUGGAGCAGCCCUCGAACACAGGGCGGGAAUGAAUAGGUUGGCUGAAGGGGGAGGGUCACCAUCAAGCCCUAAACUGAGCUAUGGAACUGGUAAUGAUAGAGGAUCAGGUGGUGACCUUGGCGUGGGUGGCAUGCAAGGAAGUGGAAACAAAAAAGUCAUAAAUGAUGGCCCUAGACAUUCCCAGACCUCUUCUACACAUCAAACUCAAAUUCAAACUUCAUCAGGGGCCAUGGGCCACAACCAAAGCCCUGGACAACACGCUUCCAGGCGCAGCCUUCAAGUGGACUUCAGUAGCAGUGCUGGGCGAAUGGGCCGCUCACAGUCAGUGUCUCCUGAUAGAGCUAGUGCACCAACUUCACCCUACUCAGUACCCCAGAUAGCACCUAUGCCUAGCAGUAAACUGUGUCCGGUCUGCAAUACUACAGAGCUGACAAGUAUUAUGUCGCCAAACUCCAACAAGUGUACACAGUGCCACACUACAGUGUGCAACCAGUGUGGCUUCAAUCCCAACCCACACCUUACAGGGGUCAAGGAGUGGCUCUGUUUAAACUGCCAAAUGCAGAGAGCCUUGGGAAUGGACAUGACUACACCAAGGUCCAAAAGUCAGCAGCAAAUACAUUCUCCCUCUCAUCAACCUAAGCCUGACCCCAUACCUAAGACCCAAACCUUAGCUCAGCCCACACCACAGCUACAAUUCCAAAUGCAGACACAGCCGAAAAUUCCUCAGCCUCAAACUCAGGCCUCCUCUGGGAUUCAGAGACAGACUGGUCCUAAUGGACCUAACCAGACUGGACUUCAUAGUGGACCACAAACUGGUCUCCAGGCACAAAAACAACCACCUCAAUUUGGAUAUUCUCAAUCAGGUCCCCAGUCAGGGCCCAAGGAUAUCCAUAGGCAGCGAGGGGAGGAAUUUGGACCAAAAAACCCAGAAAGGGUGGUCCAAGCAGGACAGCGAAUUCCUCAUCCAGGAGCAGUGCCUUUACCUGGCUUAGUUAAGGCACAAUCACAGUCAGAUCUGGGACAUGGAUCUCCAGUGCGCUUUGGAGGUCAAUUUGACAAGACCAGAAGUGCUGGAAGCUCCCCAGCCCGUCAACCACCAUUCCAAGAUACACCUCCUCAAGAUGGUCUAACCAAGCUAUUUGGCUUUGGGGCAUCUCUCCUAAGCCAGGCAAGCACACUCAUUUCUGUUGACCCUCUUCCUGGAUCCUCACAGCAGCCUUCACCUACCCAUAACCAGAGUGCCCAAGGCUCAAGGGUGGCCUUUAGUGAUGCUUAUACUGGAGCCAGUGCUAAAACUUCAACAGGACAACCUGGCACUGCCAAAAUAGGCCUAGGAGGUGGUAUUUUCCCUAAAAGUCCUGAGGCUUCCCAGCAGAAACAACCUCUGCAGCAACAGUCACCAGUGCGCCAUCAAAAAGGGUCAAAACAACAGCAGUCACUAACUCAACAAAGGGCACCACAACAGCAGCAGCAGUCACCACUGAAGCAGCCUCAGCCAGCUAUCCAGAAGCCAGACGUUGCCUGCCCACUAUGCAAGACUGCGUUUAACGCUGAAUCAACAGAACCACCCAACUACAAGUCCUGCACCCAGUGCAAUAUACAAGUGUGCAAUCUUUGUGGUUUCAAUCCCACUCCUCAUCUUGUGGAGAAGAAAGAAUGGCUUUGUCUGAACUGUCAGACGCAAAGACUGAUGUCUGGUGGGCUUGACCCUCUCCCUGUUCCACAUUCAUCUCCCAACCGCCAAUUAAUGGGCUCAACUAAACACCAGCCAGUCUCCAUUCAGCAAAAGCAAGGGAACAAGGCAAUAUCAACAAAGCAGAAAUGUCCAGCUUCUCAAAAGAUUGGUCUCUCUGCCUCCAUGGUGAGACCAAGUGAUAUAAAAACUUCUACACAGCCUACCACAACUACAUCAGCUCCAACUUUCACCACUACUACAAUUAUUGUUGAAGAUCAGAGGAAGGAAACUACACCCAAAAUGGAUAAGAAGGCUGACCUUGACAAUAAGGAAAAUAAACAUACUCAGAAUAAAGAAACAACAGAUCCAAUUCAGACUUCUGCUAAAGAUGAAAAGAAAGAAUUACAGAGGUCCAGAUACUAUGAGGAAACCAAAAAGACAAACAGCAACCAUGAUCUAUCACGGAGCCCACAAAGUUUGAGUGACACUGGCUAUUCCUCUGAUGGGAUCUCAAGUACACAUAGUGAGAUCACUGGCCUUAUCCAGGAGGAGGAGCUGAAGAUGAGUGAGAGAAGUCAGACUGAGCACUAUACACCACCAAGCCCAUCUGAGCUGAUUAAGCUGGAGAGCUCCAUGCGACCCCUUCUAGAGUUAAAAGUGUCAUCUGAAGGGGAAAGAAUACAGGAUAAGAAGCAAGGAAAAGUGCACCAUGGCGACAUUAGAAAGCAUCGGUCUCGCUCAAUAUCAAUAAGUACAGAGGAAUAUGACUAUGAUGAGGAUCAUGAAGGUAUUACAGAAGAGGAAGAAGAUCCAGCUGACUGGGAUGCUAAGCUACAGCUCAGAGCAAUUGCUGCUUUAGAGGAGAACAGUAGCAAUAAAAAGAGGAACUUUGAAUCAGAAGAGAUUACUGAUGAAGAAUUUAUGAGAAGGCAAAUCAUGGAGAUGAGUGCAGAUGAAGAGAAUGAGGAUGAGGAUGAAGAAGAGGAAAUGGAUGAAGAGGAAGAUGAUGAGGAUGAAGGUUAUGGCUACAAAAAGCCAAAAAAGACACAAAAGCACAUCAGUGACUCAGGAAAAGAAAAGCGCCGUCUCACUUAUCACUCUAGUAGCUUUGAGGAGGAGAGCAAAACAACAAGUGAUGUAUACAAAGGAUCAGCUGAAGAGGACCUCAUGGCCUCCCAAGGUGGCUUACGCAGGUUUAAGACCAUAGAACUGAACAACACCAACAGUUUUAGUCGAGACAUGGAAUUAAACAAUGACAAUGACCUAAGUCUGGACCGAGAACCUGAGCUGGAGAUGGAAAGCCUCACUGGUUCCCCAGAAGAACGUUCAAGAGGGGAAUAUUCCACCACCCUACCACCAACCACAUCAAGCUACACCUCAGGGAUAUCCCCUACUUCCAUAUCCUCCAUGGAAGAUGACAGCGACAGCAGUCCUAGCCGCAGGCAGCGACUGGAGGAGGCAAAACUGCAGAGGAAGGCCAGGCAUCGCUCCCAUGGCCCCCUAUUACCCACUAUUGAGGAUUCCUCAGAAGAAGACGAACUGAGGGAAGAAGAAGAACUCCUGAGGGAGCAGGAAAAGAUGAGAGAAGUGGAACAACAGAGAAUACGAAGCACUGUCCGAAAAACAAAACGUGACAAAGAAGAGCUAAGAGCACAAAGACGCAGAGAACGGUCCAAAACUCCCCCCAGCAAUCUAUCCCCUAUUGAGGAUGCUUCUCCAACAGAGGAACUGAGACAGGCAGCUGAGAUGGAGGAACUCCAUCGAUCAUCCUGUUCAGAAUACUCUCCUUCAGCUGACUCAGAUUGUGAGGAUUAUGAAAUGUCAUCAAAGCUGUACAAAUCUGGCAGUGAGUACAACCUACCAACAUUUAUGUUACUUUAUUCUCCUACUGAAAAACCACAAACUACAUCUUCUACAGCUACCAUAACUACUUCCUCUAGUGGCAAACAAUUAAAAAGUGCAGAAGAAGUAUAUGAAGAGAUGAUGAGGAAAGCAAAGAUGCUACAGAAACAACAGAAGCUGCAGCAACAGCAGCAGUCAGGCUCAGGCCAGCAGUACAGCACAAGCUCAUAUCAAGAGUCAGACAUCAGAAACAGACAGGAGUAUGAUGAUAAAUAUGAUUAUACUGAUCAAGAUGAUAUCAACUAUGACAAUGAAGAGACCGUGGAUAUCUAUGAAGAGAUUCGCCAGACCUCACAAAACAUUUCAAAGCAGCUUGAUGACCAAAUGGAGAUGGAUAAUUCCUACUCAGAAAAGCAUUUACUAGAUACAGGCUCGGCCUUUGCUAAGUUGAUGGAACAAAGCAAUGCUUUACUGACUCCUGGCACAAGCCCUACCCAGCUCUCAGCACCAGUAUCAUUUUCUGAGACUGGGACAGGAGGACGGAUUCCUGAUGUCAGAGUAACUCAACAUUUCUCUAAAGAUGGGCCCAAAGACAGAAUUCAACAUCAAACUGGUAAAAAUGGUAUUACACCAGCAGCUGCUGCCACAACUAUUGCUGCUUAUGGAGUGUAUGCCAGGGAUAAUGUCACUGUGUCUCCAACUAGUGCCAGUCAAACAGUGUCCACCACACAACCUUAUGUAUAUAGUCAGCAAACAGGGAACACUUCUGUAACCACCACUAGUGUUUCAAAUGUGAUUCAUAAAAUAACUGCAAUCACUCAGGCUUACAACCAAAGAGAUGCUGUAAGGAAAAUGGAAAUCAGCAAAGGAGUCAAAAUGAGAGAUACUGCAACAUCCUCAGAAACUAUAAUUGAAUCUGGCACAGGUUCAGUUAAAGGUUAUACUUACCAUGAAAGGAGUCCACCUCUUUCUUCUACUUCCUCUCCUAUUCAUAGUCCAACAAGAUCCUCUUCUAGGAGAACGGCUGAGCUUUCAACUCAAACUGUUAGCCCUUCAUUGUUAGUUUCCCGUGUAAAUGCUUCUCAAACCUCUCCAGUUAUGGCACAGGGCACUCAGACGCCACAUAGGGUUGUCUCAUCAUGCUUCUUUAGACAACAGUCCUCUCAAGAUACUCCUUUCAUGACGGGAACAGAAGAGUUUGAACCCACUAACCCACCAAAGCCAAUUACAGUUAAUACAGCUACAUCUCCAUUGUCUUCACCAACAAGGUUUAGCCGUCAGUCAACAUUUGAUGCCUACUCACCUCCUGUCAGCCCUCCUGAAACUCCAACACAUCAACAAUCAGCUCAGCAUGGUUUCUACAAGAGCUUAAAGGCUGAAAAAGUUAAUGUUGGAACAAGCACGGUCACCACUGCUAGCAUGUAUACACGUGGAUCACUGUCAAUGGAAAACAUAUCACUUUGUCACAUUUCCACAGUUCCUGGUACCUCAAGAAUUGAGCAAGGACAAAGGUUACAGAGUGGGAGUGUAGUGGAUCUAAGAACUGCCAUAAAGCCAACACCAGUUAUCAUAACUGACCAAGGAAUGGACUUGACUUCUUUGGCAACAGAAUCCCGAAAGUAUUCUGGCAGUGUUGAAGGAAGUCCUAUUCGUCAAUCCACAACGAUUCAACCCUUAAUAAUGAACUUGAAUACACAGGAGCAGCUGCAUGUUGUGACCUCAACAGCAACAACCAUCAGUGUUACAGUAGCUGCUUCUAUGUUCAUGUCCCAGCCUAAGCAGACUGUACUAUAUUGUGAUCCUCUUGAAAACAGAGUUGAUUUGGGCACAGGUUUGGGAAAAGUAGUUUGCCUUGCACCAAACAAACCACAACCAACUGAUCCAUAUAUACCACAGAUUGAUGCCAAAUUGGAAGACCUGAGUAUCCAGCAACAGCAGUUACUUAAACAGCAGCAGAAGCUUCAACAGCAACAACAACUUCUUGAGCAGCAACUUCAGCAACAUCAUCAGCUUCAACAACAACAAGCUGUCUCUUUUGCAAAGUAUAACUCAUCCAGCCAUCUUCCUCUAUUCAAAAAGGACAUGCUUGUCACUCAGAAAAGCACUGCCACAGAGGUUAAUGCCAUAUCUCCAGCUAUGGCCUCUGAGGUUUAUAGUGUUGGAGGUCCUCUUGAGUUAAGGAGGAAGCAAGCAGAGAUCAUGAAUCUAACAAAUGUCAAGCCGCAUUUCAUAAUGGUUCAGAUGGAUGGUGCUGCACAAGUAGCUACUGUCACACAACUCAUCAAAUCAGAGGAAGGCCAUGGUGUAGUGGAUCUAACAGGGCAAAUAAAAUCAGAGAAUCAAGUGACUUGUUGUGACAUGGUUUAUAACCUGCCCUUUGGUGGCAGCUGUGUGGGUGGUCCAUUCUCCCAGAAACCAGUCACAGAUGAGACUACUAAGCCAUCAUCAAAAGCACCUUCUGUACUACCACAGCUCUUUCAGCAACUUGAUUUGCGGCAAGACGGAAAGACGUACCAAGAUUAUGCCAUUAAAUCAUACACAUUGCCUCUCCCAAGACGACUUCAGCCAUCAAUGUCCGAAAAGAACCUUGCAGAUGUAGGGUUGUCAUCAUAUUCAGCAAAGCUUGAUCCCCAUGUCCAAGCCUCAGAAUUAUCCACUGACAUGUUAAAGCAUUGCUAUGAAAGAGGAUACCUUGGAAUGGGGCUUCAAUAUGGUUCCUACACAGAUCUUCGUCAGGGUGAUGUUGCAGCUCUACCAAUUAGGAGGUACAGCUCACUGUCCAACAUCAGCACAGACUAUGGAUAUUUCUCAGGUGAUUUUGCAGAGUCUAAUCUUGCCCAGUAUAGUGCUACAACUGCCAGGGAGAUAAGUCGCAUGUGUGCCGCUCUUAACUCCAUGGAUAGAUAUAGUAGCAACCCAGACAUUCUGCAGCUGAGUACUGGAGGAAGUAGUGGUCCACCUAGUAGAAUUAAUAUGUUGCAAGGUCCAAGACCUAACUUUAAGUACAGUACAGAUGUUAAGCCUCUUUCCCAUAGCCAAGCUCUAACUGAUCUCAUCAAUGCAAGACAAGACAGUCUUCGAGCUAUGUAUCCAUCAGCUAUUAGACCAGCUGAUGGUAUGAUCUAUUCAACUAUAAACACACCCAUUGCGUCCACAGUCCCAAUUACUACACAGCCUGCUUCUGUGCUGCGGCCUUUAUUAAGAGGGGCAUACAGACCAUAUCCUGCACCAAAUAUGACACCAGUACCUCUGGCAAGCCUAACCAGAUUGCCAGUAGCUCCAAGGACAGGACAGGCACCUUUCCAAUAUUCUACACCUAAUCCUCUCUCUGUUGCAACUUCUACAAAAGUGAUUGAGUCUCCUGCUAUCACAACAUCCCAAGAUACUCCAUUGUACCUUGGCAAGUCUCCAGUAAGCUUAUCAGCAGCUGAGACUGUUACACAACCAAUUCAGACCUAUCCUUUACCUGAUGGCCCUACCUCUGUUCCUGUUUCAACACAAAUGUUUGCACCAAUGACCCAACCUGAAAUCCAGUUGCAGCCAAUAAAUCUAUCUAAGACCCACCUUCCAGCCAAGGCCACUACCCAGCCUCUUAUACAACACCAAAUACCACAAGCUAAACCAUCUGCUCAUUCCUAUCCUCCAAUGCAUUGUCAUCCUACUGCUCAGCACAAAACAAAGCCACCCCCAUCAACUGAAGCUGGUACAGCUGCUGCUCUCAGUCUUGCUCCGAACCAAGAAAAAGAAACAGAUGAAAGACUACAUCAACAGCAGGAACAGUUUUUGCAACUAGAAAGAGAGAGAGUGGAACUGGAAAAAUUACGACAGCUCAGGCUUCAGGAAGAGCUCGAGCGGGAGUGUGCAGAGUUGCAAAGGCAUAGAGAAAAAGAGCACAUGCUAGUGCAGCGAGAGAUUCAGGAAUUACAGACUAUAAAGCAACACGUUUUGCAGCAGCAGCAAGCUGAGAGAGAAAGCCAGUUAGUCCUGCAAAGAGAGCAACUAGCUCAACAAAAACAGCAGCUUGACCAGAUACAGUCUUUGCAACAACAGCUACAGCAGCAACUUGAGGAACAAAAGAGACAGAAGACUGCAACUGUUGUUUCUGCAGCCAAUGCAAAUACCCAAGUCCUCAGUGACCAAGCUAGCAGAAUAAUUCAGCCACAGGAACUGGCCUCAGAUGUGUUGUAUAGUGAUGUUCAAGUUUUCUUAAGAACACUGCCCAAUUCUGCUUCAGAGAUGUGCUUGAGAAAUUGUGAUGAUCAGACAGAAAUCAGGUCUAUGCGUAAACAAAGAUCUAUGCCUCGUCUACAGGAUGGAACUGAGGGAGAAGUUACAAUGUUCCCCUUGCCUCAAAGACUAAAAGACAGUAGUGUACAAACAGAUGAUGAAGAUGGAGAGGAGCGGUACCUGGUGUCUAGAAGAAGAAGGACUAGGCGCAGUGUGGACUGCAGUGUUCAGACAGAUGAUGAUGAAGAUAAGGCAGAGUGGGAACAGCCAGUGAGACGGAGACGCUCCCGUUAUUCCAGACAUUCUGGUGAAUCUGGUGUAGACCAUAAAUCCGAAGUGCCUCCAUUUACUACUUCAUCUGCUAAAGCUGCAUCUUCCAGCAUUGCCAUCCAAACCAUUCAAGACUGCUCUUGCCAAACAGAAACAGAUAGAGUAUCCCCAAGCAUACAUGUUACUGUGCCAGACCCCAGCAAGGUUGAAAUAGUCCACUAUAUUUCUGGUCCUGAGAGGACACAGUUGGGACAAAGCUUAGCAUGUCAAACUGACCCUGAGACCCAGUCUCAAAGCAUAGUUGUUCCACAGAUAAGCACUGCUACCACUGUCAAUCCCACCAGUGUCCAGUUAGUCGGUUCUGCAGAUCCAUUUUCUCUGGGUCAACAGAGUGUUAUAAAGUAUGGGAGACGGAGACCUGACCCUUUGGAGUUUGGCUACCAGCAGCAUCACAUGCAUAAUGAGACUUUGUCCAGCUUGAUCCGGCAACAACCAAAAUCACCACAGGUGCUGUAUUCCCCUGUUUCUCCUCUUUCUUCUCCACAAUGCAUCAUAGAAACAUCAUUCUCUUCUAGUGAGAGGCUGAAUAAAGCCCAUGUCACCCCGCAGCAGAAGUCCUGUAUUGCUGAGCCACCACAGAGACAUCAGGCCCUUCCCCGGCCAAUGAAGAAUAUCCAAAGAUCUAUGUCAGACCCUAAACCUCUCAGUCUCACUACAGAUGAAACUACAAAGGCUAGGAUUUCCCUUUAUCAACAACAAGCUCUUCAGAGUCAGCUGGCAGCCCUGCAGCAGAGCUCACUCUUAAGGAAGGUGAAAAGGACCUUGCCCAGCCCUCCACCGGAAGAAAUACAACUGCCUUUGGUCACCCCUAACCUAUCCCAAAUGUUUGUGCCCUCUUUGCCUUCUCUGAAAUGUGGUUCCCGCUUGGCUGCAAAAGCCAGUCUCCUAAAGGACCUGACCCAUGAGCUGAAGGCUGUUGAGCAGGAAUCUACAAAGCUACGCAAGCAGCAGGCUGAGUUGGAGGAGGAGGAAAAGGAAAUUGAUGCCAAGCUUAGAUACUUGGAGUUGGGCAUCACACAGAGAAAAGAAACAUUGGUCAAGGAGAGAGAGAGGAGAGACCAAGCAUACCUGCGCUGCAUGGGUGACUCUCGAGACUAUAUGUCUGAUUCUGAGCUUAAUAACCUUCGUCUGACAUCUGCGGCCACAUCCUUUGAGAGCAAUGGGCUACUGACCAGACCAAGCAUGGCACCACUCAGCCAGUUUACUUGUGAGCUGAACACUGCUGCCCAGUUUCCCCCCACAUCAUCAUUUAUGUCGUACCAGUACCCACAAAGUCUCCCAACAGCACCUACCCCGCAGGCCUCAACAUUGCAGGGCUCAAUUUUCAACCAACCUCCCUAUCCAUCAGUCACCCAAGCCCAAGCUCUCCCCCAGCCCACCCUGUUGCAGACUUAUCCAGUCCUAUCCUAUCAGGUCCAAGGGUCUUUCCCUUCCCAGGGCUUUUCCCAGAGCCAACCUCCAUAUCCAACAGACACUUCAGUGCCACCUCCAACACAGCCAAGCCAUCUAGAGUUCCAGCCUACCCUACCACCUCCUGGUCCAAAUGCUUAUCCAACCCAUAGUACACCAUACCCAAGCCAGGCACCCCCCUACCCAGUCAGUCAAGCAAGCACUUAUCAGCCACAAACAGACACUCUCACUUUUCAUCAAAAGCCACGACAGACAUCCAUUGCCGACCUUGAACACAAGCUGCCCACUAAUUAUGAGGUUAUAAACAAUCCCACAGUCACAGUAACAACCACUGCCCAAGAUACCAGUUACAGCCAGUCUGGUUUGGGUCCAUCUUAUGGCCAAUAUAGCACAAAUAUGGCAAGCACUUAUGCUCCCUACUCUGUUUCUGUUUCAAAUACUUAUAGUGGGUCUUUAACAACUCCAGCAACCUCUGCUUAUGGGCCAUACACAACAGUCUUAUCCAGUAGUUAUGGGCAGUACACAACAACUUUUGCAAAUACUUAUGGACAUACAGUAACUACAACUAGUUCAUAUGGGCAAUAUAACACCACUGUUACCAACACAUAUGGGCAGACAACAUUAUCUGACCAUAUGCACUCAGUGGACAGCCCCUUUAUGUACAGCAAUGAAGGCCUAUAUGGAUCCUCCAACCUAGAGCAGAAUGUCCCAAGGAAUUAUGCCAUGAUCGAUGACAUAUGUGAAUUGACCAAGGAGGGUAUGGGCACUACUUCAGACUCGCAUCGCAAUGAGGGUCAUGGGCGCUACGGAAGCGAUGGACUUCACGCUCGAGGAGGGAGCUCCUUUGGCAGACCAGAGGACGAACGUGAUGCUGAUCUGUACAACCAACACCAUGGCAGGGGUAAGAGCACCGGCAGCUACCAAGCACAAGGGGCAAAUACGCAUGGCCGGGAGGUGGGAAGCAGUAGCGUGGGUGGGGGAUCAUCAUAUUACUAUGAUGACUACAGACACUCAGCACCUACACGAGCAGCCCAGAGGCUCUUCUCAAAGAGCCUGUGCCCUCCAGCCGUCAUGUCCUCCAGGAGGAGCAAACAUCGUAAACAAGUCAUUGAGCAGCAGAUAUCCAAGUUUUCCCCAAUUGAGGAGACUCAUGAUAUGGAGGCUGAUCUGGCCUCUUACACCAUUAGCACCUCUACAACCAGUGGUUAUGGCUCAGGUUCUCAUGACCAUAAACUUCAAGAUGAUGUCUAUGGGCUACGGAAUGCUUAUAAUCCACAAUGGGGCUACUAUAAAGAUGAACGUCUCUAUGGCUAUGGCAGGUCCCGUUCAACCGGUUAUGACAUGGACAAAAUUUCAUCUUGUGAGAGGGGCUACAGAAGCAGGUCAUUUGAACGAGACUGUACAGACCGGUCGUACAACAGCAACUGUGGCCACAGUGUGCGCCCCACUUUGCAUUCUCAAUAUUCCGAAAAAGAGAGCUCCCGCAUCAUGGCAAAUCUCAUGGGUGUUGGCAGGGCCUUCAACUAUCCAUCAAAUUCAUAUGGUUCAAGUCACUCACUUCCUGAUGUGCAGGACCAUAUUCGAGACCUGCCUCAGACCCAUGUCUACAAACCAGAUGAUAUGUAUAUAAUUGACGAUAUGCAUUGUGCUGUUUCUGACAGCGAAGCUUACAAUCUUGGUCAAGAGGAGACAGACUGGUUUGAGAAGCCGCGUGAUGUUCGUGGUUCCCGUCACUAUGGCAGCAGUGGUCAUUCUGGGAGGCGGGGCCAUGUCAAGCACACAUACCAAGACUAUGAUGAGCCACCAGAAGAUCUUUGGCCACAAGAUGAUUAUGGCCAUACCCAUCACACAUCCUCUAGAGAACACCGCCACCAUGGCAGCGGAAGUUCUGGUAGGCACUCCUCCUCACGCCACUCAGAUGAGCUUCGUUCCUCUCGAUCAUCACGUUCCUCCAAGGAUCCAUCCAUGCGGCAUGACUCCCGCUCCUUGUCAUCUUCAGGGAGAAGGGGAGAGUCUCGCUCUCAGGGCUACAACUCUUCAGAUUAUUCCCGUGACACCUCAGGCCACCACCAUAGCUCCCGCUCUGGAAAACAGUCCACCCACCAUCAGGGAUCCUCCAGCAGGAAGCAACAGGACCACCCAUCUUCCUCCAGGCAGCCAGGAUCUCUCGGGCCUGGACAGAAGGGUCCAGGUGGAACUUCAAAUUCAAGCAGACAAGCUAGUUCCCAGCCACCUGUUGAUGGGCAGCAGCAAGGUCAGCGGACACAGCUCCAACAGCAGGCACAGACAUCAACUGCCAGACCAGGGCCACAGACAUCUUCCACAGGCACAGCACAACCACAGUUAGUUCAAGCCCAGCAACUACAAGCCAAACCUGGCCAGACUGGGCCAUUGGCUCGGCAACCUAGCUCAGCAGCACAGACAAAUACAGCAGCUCCACUGAAGAUUAAGCCAGAGCCUGCCACUGCUAUUGGAGCAAAAGCAGUCCCCAUUCACCCUGCCAAAACAGCCCAACCCCCGCUCACAGGAAUAGGUUCCAAGGCUGCUCCAAGGCCUGGUGGAAUAGGCAGUGCUGCUGCAGGUCAACCGGGUGUAGAGGGAGAAAGCAUGCUGUCUAAACUUUUGCCUGGAGGGGCUGCCGAGCAGGCUGGCAAAUUAGGAGAAGCCAUCUCUGGAUUUGGCAAGAAAUUCACCUCCUUGUGGUGAAGUAGUACAACUGAAGGUUCAUCUAAAAUUGACAGAAGAUGUUGAAAGGCUUUGCACUGGAAAAACCUAUGAAGUUUCCUUUUUUAUGUUUUAAUUUGAAGAGAAAGAAUAGGCCAUUCGUGAAAUACAGAGAGGGAGAGAAACAAUCUGGUUGUUCUGCCAAACAGGAAUGGAAUCACAGGACUUCACCAACUCAAGGUCUGGGUCAUGAUUCAAGGGAGACAACACUGUUCCCUCUGAAGCCAUACUUUUGUUGGAAGCUCUGAAUCCAAAAGAACAGCCAAAGAUAUUAACAGCCCACUUUGAAAACUCCAGCUCCAAACAGCAUCCACCUCCUGACCUACAGAACACAGUAUAUGACGGCAGUGGAGAGCGAUGACAAUAUUCACAAUAUUAACACAUUCGACAGAUCAAAUGUCUGUGUAGCUUGAUUAUCCUCAAAUGAACUUGUUACUAAAGUGUAUUUCUCGAAAAAAGUUCAAAUAUUCUCAGUCAAAGAGGCACUAGCAAAGAACUGUGAUUCCAGAUUUCUCUUGUUACUUUGGGAAACAUACUUCACUCCCCUCUCAGGAAUGGAAGAAAUAGCAAUGUUUGAACAUUUAGCAAAACUUCAUAGGUUUUUCCUAAAAAUAUUUUUUUUUUUCUUUCAACUGAAUACAUUUAGACAAGAAAAAAAAAAAAGAAAAAAAAAAAGAAAAACAUUAACAAAGUUAUUAAAAUGUGUCUCUAUGCUAAGUCCUUUAACUCAACAUUGCAGAAUGGGAAAAAAAUGCUAUUGUUUUACUUUGUUUUUGUCUUCUUUCUUCUUCCUUUUGCUAUGUGCUUUAAAAGUGUAAAGUGGACUCGAAUUGCAUGGAAUCCAAGACCUAACACUGUUCAGUAUAUCAAUGAGAGUGAAAAUAAGGAUAUGUAUUUACACUGGAACAGAGGGAAUAUGAGGAAGAGGACAUAAGGAAUUCUAGGAUGAGCCCAAAACAUGAGACUGAAAUCAUUACUUAAGAAUAAUUUGAAUUUUGGGAAACAUUUACAGGUUCUGACCAGUCAGGUCUUAUCUAUUCUUCGUCUGUUCCAAGGCAUUGUCUGUUCCAGACUGAAGAUGGUAUUUUUACAACCACCUUACGAUAUUGGCAUUUGUUGGUGGUUAUUUAUUUAUUUUUUGUUUGUUUAUUUUUGUUGUCCGAUUGACAUAUUUUUCUAUUCACAAUCGAUAUAUUUUUCGCAUUGUUUGUACAUAGAAAUCAAAAAUACAGACUAAAAAGUUUAAUUCUAUUUUUGAAUUAAAAUCUUUUAUUAUUAUUAUUAUAACUGUAUAACUGUUUUAAGUUUAUUCAUUUGUUCAAUGCGGUUUUGAAGUCAUUGUUACUGUUUUACUUGUUUAACUUUUUGUUUGGUGGAGUUUAUACAUUUUUCUGUAUAAAUAUAGAUCAAAAGCAAUAGUGGAUGGUGAUCAGUAAAGAGCACAAUUGUUAGAUGUUUUACAAUAGUGAUCAGGAAAGUGAUAUUUGUCUGUAAAGCUGUAACAUUACUGUAGGGUUCAGGAUCACUGUCUAUGAAGUCAUUAUGAUAAAAAGUGAUACACAGUCUCUUAAUAUAAUAACACAUUAGGUGUCAAAGCCAUGAUAUGUUUUAAAAGAUUUUUUAAAAUAAUAGUAAUUAUAAAAAAUAAAAAAAAAAAAUAAAAAAAAAAACACUAAGCUGGGGGUGGGGGGGGGAUUAAGGGAGUUGCUUAAUGGAAUGUUGGAACUUGUUACAAGUUAAGUAGAGAUUGCAUGUUCUGAAAAAAAUAGUUCUUAAUACCGCUUUGUGUUCUAAUGAUACGUGUGAAUGAUUUUUGAUGUAAGUAUACAUCUAGAUUUGUUAUCAUUCCAAAAAAUUUCGAGCAACAUUUAGACAAAAAAAGAAAAAAUAGUUGGAGGCAACUUUUUCAGACCUUCUAUGCAAUGAUCUUCUUGCUUGAAAAUAAAUGGUUGUCAGAGCAGUGAGACAAAAAAAUAACAAGUCCAAGAAUAGCUAGGUAGUAGUUUAAUGUUAUGUUAUUUAGGUGACUGAUUUAUUUGUAUAUCAAAAACUGUAAUGUAAAUAAUCAAUCUGGAUGGAACAUUUGUUUCCCCAUAUUUGUGGCCUGCUUCCCGUUUUCUGGCAUUUUCUUUGCACUUUUGACAUGGAGCCAAUUAGCAAAUAAUUAGCCACAGAAAUGAACAAAGUACAACCAUUUUUCACUAUCCACGGAUGAUUGUUGUAAGAUGGAGGUCAUAUGAAAGGUGUUUCCAUACUUUAUGAUGCUUAGCUGCCUGUUGGUGCACUAAUUAUUAAUUGGAAAUGACAAAAUAGACAGUGUAUGACAAAUUAUGUGAAAAAUAAAGCUGACACAAAGAAUUAGAUGAGCCUUAUUAAUAUGAUACAUUUUUAUGAAAUCCUAAAUGUAUACAUAACAAAAACAAAGUUUUGUGUUUUUAGUUUCAUGCACACUGAUCUGGUCUUAAAUUAUAUUUUCUGUUCUUGCCCUAUGACAUUAUUUACAGGCCAUACGAAAUUGUGCAUUAUAUUACAGUUAUAUAAUGUAUUAUAUUACAUAAUAUUACAAGUGAAAGAUCUAGUAGGACAACUUGUGAAAGAUAUUUUCCAAAUUGUUUGGACAUAUCUGUGCGGUCAGAAAGGCUCCCGUGUUUUAGAAGAAAAUACAGCGAGCCAAACAACACAAAGCCACCCAGUUAUACUUAUGUCUCAAAUUAUAUUAGUUUAUAAAUUAAUAUGUAUAUAUAUUUUCAAUUAAAGGAUCUAUAUAACUUUACAUAAAUCAACCAUUUUUAUUAAACAAUUAAAUACAAUAAAUGUGACAAUAUUGUAUAAAAGGAUUAAAAUGUAUAUGGGAUAGUACAAAAGAGAGUAUAUAAUGCACAGUUAUAUAGCAAUGUUGCAAUGUAUAGAACACACAGGCCACACUGCCCCACAACAAAAUGGUAUUAAUAAUAUUAACUAUCAUUAGAUAUGACAAAUUUUGCAUCUCAAUGAUUUUUAUGUUUGAUCCUUUUCACCUCAGGAAAACAGAAUCAAUGCACCCAGGGGAGAUAUAUGCAUAGCUAUAAGGGCUUAUUUACAAUACUGAGAAAGCCAUUAAUUCUUACACCCUAGAUUUUAUCAUUAGGGCUUUUGACUGUAAUGUAUGACAGAGAAAGCAGCCUGCCACUGUCUAUUCAUUUGUUUGUUUGUUUGUUUUUAUCUUAGAACAGACUGAAAAAAGUUAAAAGACUUAUAGGCCUAUAGGAAUAAGUGGUCAGGGUUAGGGUUAGGAAAGAAAAGAAAAGGUUAGGCAAAGAAAGAAAUACAAUAUUAUGGUCACUGUCAACACCUAAAGUAUAAUAAUAAUAAUAAUAAUAAUAAUAAUAAUAAUAAUAAUAAUAAUAAUAAAAAAGACCCUGAUAAUAAAUACAUGGGCCUUAAGCAACAGUCCAAUUCCACACCACCCCCCACCCCAUCCAUUUUUCUUUGCUAUAAUGUAUAUGGGAUAAAAAUGAAAAUAUCUGUAAAAUGUUUACAUUUUACUACAAUUCUGCACCUGAAAUAUUUAAAGGAAAGUGUAAAACAACUGAACAGACUAUUGUUUAAUUUAAAUGAAGUCUCAAAAAAGGGAAUCAUGACAUAAACAGCUACCAAAUAAACACAUGCAUUAUCAAAUAAAUCAAACUGUCUAUGUGGACUGUUUUGAAAUGUAAAAAAAAAAAAAUAAUAAUAAAAAAAUAAAUAAAUAAAAAAAAAAUUGAGAAACAAUUUAGGUAUGUGGUCAAUACUUGUGUUUGUUAAUGCAGACAAAAACAGCUUCCUCUUUACAAAAGAGAAUAUGGCUUCCAUAUAAUUUGUAAGUGGGGGAAUUUAAAUUGUGAUAUGUAUUUAAAAAAAAAAAAAAAAGUAAUAAUAAUUACAAAAUUAUAAUAAUAAUAAUAAAAUACUGAAUAUAACAGAUGAAAUAUUGAUAUAUGUUUGAAAUACAAUAAACUUCACAUUCACUGUUGUGAGUGCGUAUCCAUAUACCCAUUGUAAACUUUGUGUUUGUUUCAGUGUAUACUUGUAGUAGGCUUGAUGUAACGUCAUGUUGUGUGAUGAAAGAAAUAAUGACUCUCAAAUACAGUUUAAUCAGGAAAAAAAAAAUAAAAUUGGAUUUGAAAAACA